CUCUGAUUUCCGGAGAGAGGCAAGUUGCGCGGCGUGGGCGGAGGGACCCGAAAGGGAAGCGACCUCCCUUCGGAUGACGCCCGAGCCUCCGGAUAGACAACAAAGUUUCAACCAGGAAGUUUCCCAGAAAUGGAUCCGUUUUUGGAUCUGCUGAAUUUAUUCUCGAGGAGCCUUUCUCCAAAGGAGCUCGCCGACCUCAAGUUCCUUUGCCGGGAUCACAUUGGCAAAAAAAAGCUUGAGGCCGUGCAAACUGGCCUCGACCUAUUCGGCAUUUUCCUGGAACAGGAAAUUGUUACGAGGACCAAGGUUGAGUUCCUGGAGCACGUGUUCAAAAGCCUGCAAAGAGAAGAUCUGCUGACUUUGCUCAGGCAGUUUGAAGAAGGCGCAAGUGGUGACCCGGAAGAUCAGCUGGAUGCACAAGAACAACGUAAGCUGGACAGAGCAUUUGAGAUCAUAUGUGAUCAUGUUGGGAAAAAUUGGAAAAUGCUUGUUCGAAAACUUGGCAUCCCAGAAGUCAAAAUCGAUAGAAUUGUAACCGCCAACCCAUAUAACAUGCAUGAACAAAUGAUGCAAUCGCUUCUAGAGUGGCGGAAAUCAAGGGGGAAGGAAGCAAAGGUUGACGAUGUAAUAAAAGCCCUCAAGAGCUGUCGUAUGAAACUUGCGGCAGACUAUGUUGAAGAAGCUUUGCAACUGGAAACUGGACAAUGAAAUCAAUGGGAAAAGAUGACAUGAAAUGGAAAAUUAAAGACACAGUUGACCUGUCAUGAAAAGACUUGAAGACUUUAUGCUGACAAGCCUAUGCAGUUGUUUAACAUUUUCUUGAGUAGCCAAUCAUUUUAAUGAUUGUUCUGUUCUGUUCUUAAGUACCUCACAGUAAUACAAUGGUACCUUGGUUCUCAAACUCAAUCCGUUCCGGGAGUCCGUUCAACUCCCGAAACGGUUCAAAAACCAAGGCAUGGCUUCCGAUUGGCUGUAGGAACUUCCUGCAAUCAAGCGGAAGCCACGUCGGACAUUGGGCUUCUGAAAAAAGUUUGCAAACUCUCACAUUUUGGCUCCCAAACACCGCAAACCCAGAACACUUACUUCUGGGUUUGCGGUGUUCGGGAGCCAAAAUGUGAGAGUACCAAGGCGUUUGAGAACCAAGGUACGACUGUAAUAGAUAAUAUGUUGGCUAUAUAGCCUUAUCCACAGUGUUCAAAAUCAGCCGGGCACAUUUUACACCUGGCUAUUGGCCACUUGCGACCAGGUGAAGAUGCCCGGGCGGCACGAUGGCGCCUGACAUCUCCACCCCUGGAGGUGCAUGCCUGGGGAUCCUUGGAUCUGGACUGUUUUCACACACUAGCAGCACAUCCUGUAGAAUUCUAUCCAUUGUAUUUUAUCUGCACAAUCAGAAUGAGUUUCAGGAACCAAAAAGCAGUAUUGAAAAGGUACAACUUACGAGCUGCCUGGCCCAAAAAUGGCAACUGGGCAUUUCAAUUUGGCAACUGUAACCCUGGUUCAAGGAGCCAUUUGGCACCUAACUUAUAUAUUUGAGUUUCUAUCACUGCUUAUCCAUGUGCCUGGUGUUUCUGCAAAGGGGACUUGCCCCAAGGUGCUACAUUUCCUUUUCACGCUUGUGCAGCUUGAAAGAUUGCCGGUUAACUGGAGCAUUCUUUGUGUUUGGCACUAGGAAGGAAUUGGCAGACCCUGAAUCUAGCGUUGAAUUUACAAAAUAACGUUACAAGACAGCAACAUGUAGCUGACAUGCUUUCCACUAACAUCUCACACACGGCUGGCUUUGUUGCUUAUAACAUUGGCAAGUUAAUACUUGACUUCAGCUGCAAUAAACUUUCUCAGGGACUCUGUACCAUCAUUUUAAUUACUAUAGAGUAGACGCUCGGGUUGCGAACGUGAUCCAUGCGGGAGGCACAUUCGCAACUCGCAAUGUUUGCAACCCACAUCUGCGCACACGCGGGUCGCGAUUCGGCACUUCUGCGCAUGCGCAAAGAGCAAUUUAGUGGUUUUGCGCAUGCACGCGCGCCAAAACCUGGAAGUAACCCGUUCCGGUACUUCUGGGUUUGGCACAGAGAGCAACCCGAAAAGACGCAACCUGAAGCGGCUGUAACCCGAGGUAUGACUGUAUUUCUGAGCUACAGAAAAUGAAACUCGCAUGAAUUUCACAUGAGUGCUGUGGACAUUCUCAAGUACACGAGUGAAGAAGCAAUCUAUGGCUUUUCUUGGAUGUUCUGCACGUACAAUUUUCAGUAAUUGAACCUGAACAACUUUUGGACAGAGGCAAUCUGUGUAAUUAAAGACUCCCAUUGUACAGAAAAAUGAAUGAAAGUGGAACAAGCAUUAUGAUCUGUCAUUUUCCGGUGUUUAGGUGCUGAAUUUGAAUGCCUGGAAGGAUUCCAAAAGUCAGGCACCUUAUCUAUAUUUUUUAAAGACUGUGAAAACUAUAGUGACUGUUAUGUAAGUAGCCUUUGACUCCCCUGUUCUGAACCACCAGCAUCAUGCAGUCAGAAAGGCCCUCAAAGGUCACAGUCACCUGCCAUUGCCUGCAAUCCACUGCUACACUAUCCCUGAUAGGGGGACAUCCAGCCUCUACCACACUACAGCUACAGUGAAAGCUGUGUGCUUCUGAAUACCAGUUUCUGGAAACCACAGGAAGGGAGAGUGCCCUAGUGCUCGGGUGCUGCUUGUGAGCUUCCCGUGAACAUCUGGUUGGCCAUUGUGAGAACAGGAUGCUGGAUUAGAUGAGCCAUUCGCCUGUUCCAGCAGGCAUAGCUGCCAAGUUAUCCCUUUUUUAAAGGGAUUUUCCCUUAUGCUGAAUAGGCUUCCUCGCGAGAAAAGGGAAAACUUGGCAGCUAUGCCAGCAGGACUCUUGUGAUCUUAUGACCAGCCAAGGAAAAGGGGGAUCCAUUGGAACUGACAACCAGUUGUCUGUGCCCAGGGCAUGUUCCUGUAUGUGCCUGUGUCAUGCCUAGCAAGAAGGCUGGGUGACUUCUUUUCUUCUGGCUGGGCUUCAGUGGCACUUAAAAGGCAACAUGGGGCAAUUCAGCAAGGGUAGUGCUAAUCUUUGUUCAUCUUGCUGAACUUCUGCUUGAUAAGUGGCUGUUCAAGAGGGAGUUAUAUAGUAAAAAUAAAAUAAAAUAUAGCAAUCUUAAUAGUAAGGCUAGAUAGAAGGGAUUCGGGGGGCGGGUAGCUUCUGUUACAGGAUUCAAUUGUAGAAAUUCCCUCUAAUGGGUUGCCACCAUAUUUCCUAAUUGUUAGUUACUGCUGCUUAUUUCUGUCGCUCGCACGCUUAAACUGCUGACUCUCCCUGUUAUUCUCUGUAAGUCACUGGGGAGAAUUUCUCCUCCCCUUUUUUUCAUCCUGUUAGAGCAGCCUUUUAUAUAAUUGAAAACAAUUAACAUACCUUGACUCAUCCUGCUCCUUUUCUGAAGGCGUUUUCUCAAAGCAAAGAUUUUGCUGUAAGCGAAGAACACCGGAAAGAAAUCUAGGCAAGAAUCCUUUUGUGUUUUGUUGCAACAGAGUUUAGAAAUGACCCAUUUCUAGGGGCACAUCUGUUGGUUUACCUACAUUCCACAAAUAUGUCUCUUAAGAUUAUUAUUUUUUCUUAAUAUUAAAAUUAUAUUUCCAAUUCUGCUGGUUGGUUGUUAGUUUGUUUGCAGCAUCCCCAAAACAUAGAUAUGCAGUAUGCCAAAACUGUUUCUCAGUGUCAUUAUUAUGAGGUCUAGCAUUCAGCCAAUCUGCAGAAUUCUCCUUUCUCUAAGCCAAAUUUCUGUUAACUUUUACCUUGAAACAGCAGGCUAUGCCUUAUGCGACCCAUCCCUACAGAAUAGAAAUUGUACUGGCAUCCUUGGCAAAUGUAAAAUUUGUUUUUAUUUUUAAGGAAAUCUUAAAACAGUUGGAUGGCGCCUUGUACACCGUUUUUUCCGGCAACUCCUGCAGCCAAGCUGGUGCCAAACGUAUUGCUCUGCUUUCCUUUGGACCACAUCAGCAAGGCUGAAAGAGGAGUCUUGUUGUCUGGGCAGCCCAGGACCUCCAUACACACUGCCCAGGCUUGCAACCCAGGGAGGCCACUUCAGUGGUGCAAAUGCAGCCUUUGACUUCACCCCUGGAGGCACACUCCAGUGUCUCUUGAGACAGAAGGAUGCUGAUAAUAAUAACAACAGCCUUUAUUGGCUUUCAA